AGCUCUAGACUCCUGGCUUUGGCCUGGCCCAGCCUUGCCUGUUGCAGCCAUCUGGGAAGAAGAUCUCUCUCUCUCUCUCUCUCUCUCUCUUUCUCUGUGUAACUAUUUCAAAUAAAAAGAAAUCUUAAAAAAAGUCAAUAUAAGUCUAACAUCAUACAGUAAUUAAAUCAUUGAAAUAAUUCAUUUUAUUCUCAAAACAGUCACCUCCAUAGAAUAGUUUGAGAACUGGAUGUCUGAAAGGAGACAGCGGCUCAGACAGAACAAACUAAAAUUAUGUUGGGGAGCCGAUGCGUAGCGGGUAAAGCAGUGGGUGAAGCUGCCACCUGCAGUGCCAGCAUCCCAUAUGGACACUGGUUCAUGUCCAGGCUGCUCCACUUCUGACCCAGCUCUCUGCUAUGGCCUGGGAAAGCAGUAGAGGAUGGCCCAAGUGCUUGGGUCCCUGCACUGCAUGGGAGGCUUGGAAGAAGCUCCUGGCUCCUGGCUCCUGGCUCCUGGCUUCAGAUCAGUGCAUCUCCAGCCAUUGCGGCCAGUUGGGGAGUGAACCAGAGGAUGGAAGAUCUCUCUCUCUCUCUUUUUUUCCCCCUUCUUCUCUCUCUGUGAAGCUCUGACUUUCAAAUAAAUAAAUAAAUCUUUAAAAAAAUUAAGUUGGCCUAGCCUGCUUUCCCUGGCCUUUUUUUUUUAAAUUCCUGUUAAGUCAAAGUUCAGUACCUCAGCACCAUGCAUUUCCAUUAGAUGGUGCCUUUCCCUCUUCCAUUAAACUUGUUUCAAAGAAUAUUUUGACCAGGUAAAUUCACUUGCUUUUAUGCUCUCCCCAGCUCCAGGCAGUCACUUCUAUUCUCAUGCCAUUAUUUAGACAUCACUGGCAAAGGUCAACAUACCAGCUCCCACACUGCCCAAUCGUAGGGUUCACCUUCUAAAUCAUCAACCUUUAUUGGACAAUCUCUCUUUUUCUACCUGAACAACUCAGGAGAGUUUUCAUAUUUUUCCUGUGGACCUUCGCUUCGCAGGAUGUUCACGGAGUAGUGCAUUGACCUUGCUUUGUUAAGAUUUACAGGCGUUGCUGGGGCAUAGUAGGCUGAGCCUCUACCUGCAUCACCAGCAUCCCAGUUCCAGUCCCAACUGCUCCUCUUCCGAUGUGGCUCUGUGCUGUGGCCUGGGAAAGCAGUGGAAGAUGACCCAAGUGCUUGGGCCCCAGCACCCACAUGGGAGACCAGGAAGAAGCUCCAGGCUCCAGGCUUUGAAUUGGCCCAGUUCUUGCUGUUUUGGCCAUUUGGAGAGGAAACCAGCAGAUGGAAGACUUUUCUCUCUGUCUCUCCCUCUCUCUGUCUGUAACUCUGUCUCUCAAAUAAAGAAAUAAAACCUUUAAAAUUUUAUUUAUUUAUUUAUUUGAAAGCCAGAAAGAGAGAGAGAAAGAGAUCUUGCCUCUGUUGGUUCACUCCCCAGAUGUCCACAACAGCUGGAGCUGGGCCAAGACAAUGCCAGGAACCAGGAGCUUCUUCCAGGCCUCCCACAUUGGUUGCAGGGGCUCAAGCACUUGGGCCAUCUUCCACUGCUUUUCCCAGGGCAUUAGCAGGGAUUUGGAUCAAAAGUGGAGCAGCUAGAACUUAAACCGGUGCUCACAUAGCAUGGAAACUUUACCUGCUACAUCACAUGGCUGGCCCCUGUACUGAUUUUUUUAAAAAUAGCUCUUACACCAGUAAGAUCCCAAGGUAAUCAGAGACAGACCUCUUAAAGGUCCCAUCUGAGGUGCCAACUUUUAUUGGAGUAUGGGGUGCCAAUUAUAUUACCGUUUGCUUCUUAAUGAAUUCACAAUAUUAAUGAGCAUCAUGGGUUCUUGCCUAAGAAAUCUGGAUUUAUACCAAGUACCAGGAGCCAGCCAUGUCGAGGAAAAUGUCUGCCAGAAAGGAAGGAGCAGGUGGCCCAAAGACGAUGUGCAAGCCUGCAAUGGUGAAAGAGACAGAGGGCCAAAAAGGGCUGGCCCACCAGGUCCCAGGCCUUUAAUCAACUUCCAAAGGGGAGUGGUUAAUUACCCUGAUAGGCAGGUGGGCACAGGGGUGUGGUCAGGUAGGGGCAUACCCAUCCUGCUCUGUAGACAUCUCAUCACAACUCCUGUGUUGCUACUGUACAGCCCUCUACUGCUGCACUACGUGUGAAUUUACAUGUGGGAGAGGAGAGUUCGAGUCCUGGCUGCUCUGCUUCCAACCCAGCUUCCUGCUAAUGUGCCUGGGAGGCAGCAGAUGGUCCAAGUACUUGGGUUCCUCUUCUCCACAUGGGAAACUCAGAUGGAGUCUUCCUGACUGUGGCUUCAGCCUGCUGCUGGCCCCACCCCAGCUGUUGUGAGCAUUUGGGGAAUGCACCAGAACAUGGAAUGGUUGUCUCUGUCUCUCUCUCCUGCCUCCCAUCUCUGUCACUCUGCCUAUGGUAACUAAGAGUAUCUAAAACGUUAUCUAUAGAAGUGAAAUUGCCACUUUGAGAUGCAAUGAUGGUUUACAGCCCUUGUCUCUACUGUUUGUUGAACUCGUUACUUAGUGUAGGGAUAAUGAGUAUAAAGUAAACUGAAAAUAAAUCUUUGUAAAAAUUAAGAUUGGGACUAGGAGAGGGAGGAGGAAGAAGUGGGAGCGUGGGUGGGAAGGAUCACUAUGCUCCUAAAUCUGUAUAUAUGAAAUACAUGAAAUUUGUAUACCUUACAUAAAAUUAAACUCGUUGCUGGAGGUCAGCCUUACCCUGAUACUCAAGCCAGACAAGAACACAACAAGAAACGAUAGGUGAAUAUCUCUGAUGAACAUAGCUGAAAAAUUUUAACAUACUGCCAAAUCAAAACUGACAGCAAUCAAAAAGAUCCAUCAUGGUCAAGUGGUCAUAGUUCAAGGAUGCCUAUAUGUGGAUGCCAGGGCCACAGGUGGUGGCCCAGCCCACUGAACCCAGCGCCGGCCCCUAUUUAUCGUUCUUUAAAAAAGAUUUAUGUAUUGGAAAGACAGCGUUACAGAGAGCGACGCUUGGAAAGGAUGUCCCCUACAGAUAGUGACCAGGCCAAGACAGGGCUGGCCGGGCCACCACCUGUGCUUGGCGAGCCCGGGGCCCUCCUCCCUCCCCGCGGGCUGGGCGGAGCUGCCGCCCAGGUCCGCCCCUGCUGGCCCCGCGUCCACCACACUAGUAGCGCAGCUGGCCGCGACACCAAGAACGGAGCUGCAGCGAUGGCGAUGAUGGCAGGCAACGCGGCCUGCUUCCAGAGGGGCAGUCUGUUCUGGUUCGCGGUCCUCACGCUCUCCUUUGGCUACUGCAUGGUAGGGGUCUCGGAGUUGGGACAACAGCCUGCAGCCAGCGCUCUGUCAUCCAGGCGUCCGCCUCCACUUGGAGGAUGGCCGCGCAGGCACAGUUGCUGCUUGGAUCCUCCCAGUAGAAAGGAGAGGAGAACACGGAAGGUGGCACAGGCGCAGUCCACUGCCAAGGCUUUUGGCAGGUGUUCCAAGCCCUGCGAAAACAGUUGGCCUGGCUUUCCUCACGUGGGGGCGGGCACGACACCGCACCAGACCACUGAGAGCCAUGGUGCUUGCGAACACGAAGGCCGGAAGGGUUGCUACCGCCUACUUCCCUACGGCCAGCCAUUGCCCUCGCUGGUCACGGGGCUGGGGCUGGGAUACUUUGCGUGGUUGUCCUCUGGCCGCAGAGCAUCCCUUAUGAGAGCCUUGGGCUCCUGGGCUCGUUCACUCAGUCCCUGGUGGACCAUCAUCACACCCUCCUGCACAACAGGCAGAGUUACAACAGAGGCAGAGACAGAGGAAAAUCUUCCAUCCACUGGCUCAUUCCCCAAAUGGCAGCAAUGACCGGUGCUGGGCCAGGCUGAAGCCAAGAGCCAGGAGCUUCUUCCAGGUCUCCCACAAGGAUGCAGGGGCCCUCCUCUGCUGUUUUCUCAGGCGUAUUAGGAGGGAGCGGGAUCAGAAGUGGAGCAGCUGCGACUCGAACCCAGGGUCCACUCUGGCGCACGGCUCAGGUGGGGUGGCCUUGAGGAUGGGUGGCAGUGGCCAAGUCUUCUGAGGAACCACUUUCCACUGGAGGACCAGGAGCUGAGCCCUGAGGUGGCCCCACAGGCGUCCAUGCCCGAUGCUUCGAUGGGGCUCAGUGUGACUUUGGGACAUUGUAGGAAGGGCAUGCAAAGAGGAUGAUGUGCCCCCCUCCCCCACCCAGACUCUCCUGUGGGUCUGGAUCACACAGUCUGUGUUGAGGAAACCAUCAGCAUGUCUGUGGCUGCUGUGAAUCCACUGUGGUGGCGAUUGGACAACCAGGCUCACCAAGCUAAGGGGGACCUCGGUGGAGAUGGAGAACUUAAAAAUACCUUCGAAAUGUCCUCUAGGAGUUGAUUUUGACCACAUCUCACCUGAGUCAAUGAAUGAUGCAUUUCUAAGGUACACUAUGUCCACCUGAAAAUUCUGCAGUACAACCACCGGCCAGCAGAGGUCGCAGAGGAACAUGCAAAGACCUUAAAGGGGAGGCACAGAGCUGACCAGAAACUGCCCCAAUCCCCCAGCAGGCAACACUGCAGCUGCCCUGACACCUGUCACCCUGCUGUUCCUGAUUCUGGCUCCCUGCUAGAAGUAUUGCACCGUGCUGCACUGCACAGUGGGCCCCUUGGAGCCUCCACACACCAGAGUGAAGGUCUGUAGUAGCCAGACGCAAAGUCCCAGUUCCCACCAGAAACAAUUCUUGGGCUUUUCUCUGCACAGUUUCAGAUGCAAGGUGCUAGGGCCAGAGACUCAGUGCCUGCUGCCUCAGGUUGUCACUGGGUGGUGCCUGAAAACUCAAGUGACCAGGACUGGACCUGACACACUUGCACACUUCCGGUCCCCAGUCCUGCUUUGAAAGAGGUCGCGGGAAAUGACUGGCUGGCUUUCCAGGGUUCUGUGCAUAAGGAGCAACUGUGUAUUGAGAAGGCCCCAAACUACAGGACAAAUAUGGCCGCAUGCCCACCCCUCUAGCUUGGAGUGGACACUUCUCAUCAAGUCCUAGAGCAGCUCCCCUGCCCCUCCAUAUAUCAGACAAUAGGGGUCCAUUUGCCUGGGGAGUCAACAAAUGAUCGGUCUCCCACGGCAGUUCAAAGGACAGCUUUAUUGUGCCAAAGAGACGGGGAAAGUACAGCUCCCUAAAACUACUGCCUCUGUGAGAAGCCAUUUUUGAGGGAUUGUAGAGUGAGGGCGUGGCUGGGAUAGAGGAAAAAGAGAAGCAAGAGGGCCCUACCUGCUCAAGCAACCCACAGCAGCACGCAUCGUGUGUUCAAAACCCAACUGCUGCUGGGCUCUUGCAGCUCUCCUUGCUGUGAGGCCCAAUCCCUGGGGGUACAGCAUUGCAAGAUCACCCUUCUUGGAAUAUUCUUGGGAAAACAAGCCAAGAGAAUAAAUUGUUAGAUGCUGUGCCCCUGCCCAUGCCCCUGCCUGUUGUCUAAAUCCUACUCUCUGAGUUACAGAAUUUUUUUAAAGCUGUAUUUAUUUGAAAGGCAGAAUGACAGAGAGACAGACAGGCAGACAGAAGUCUUCCAACCACUGCUUCACUCCCCCAAAAGGCCGCAAUGGCUGGAGCUGUACCAGGAUGAGGCGCUUCUUCCGGGUCUCACACAUAGGUGUAGGGGCCCAAGGACUUGGACCAUCUUCCACCACACUCCCAGGUGCAUUAGCUGGGAGCUAGAUCAGAAGUGGAACAGCCGAGACUUGAACUGGCAACCAUAUGGGGUAGUAGCUUUCCCCGCUACACCACAGCACCGGACUCUGGAGACAUGUUGCUUUUUUUUCAUAUUUAUUUAUUUAUUUGAAAGUCAGAGUUUCACAGAGAGGAAAGUCAGAGAGGGAGAGAGAGGACUUCCAUCUGGUGGUUCACUCCCCAGUUGGCUGCAACGGCUGAAACUGUGCAGAUCUAAAGCUGGGAGCAAGGAGUUUCUUCUGUGUCUCCCAUAUAGGUGCAGGGGCCCAAGGACAAGGGCCAUCUUCUGCUUUCCCAGGCCGUAGCAGAGAGCUGGAUAGGAAGUGGAGCAGCCAGGUUUUAAACCGGUGCCCACAUGAGAUGCCGGCGCUCAGGCCAGAGUGUUAACCCAUUGCGCCACAGCGCCGGCCCGGGGAGAGCUGUUUUUUCACAUUUCCCUCCCUCCCUGGAGGCAGCAACAUACACUGCUCAAAACGAGGGACCGCACCCAUGGUGAAAUUUAAAGGAGUCCAUGCAACCUGGGUCUUUCUCCAAACUUUUCUUCCAAGGGACAAAUAGCUGGCAAUUAAACACCAAGAUUAGAAGAUGUGAAUCUAAAACUUGAAAAUAACACAUUUUCCAUACACAAAUACUCUACGAAUGAAAGCCCUAAUGGUACUUCAGAUAAUUUAUAGCAGUAAAUUAAAAUCCCUAGAUGAAAUGAACUUAGUAUUAGAAAUCAUAAUCUCAAAAGUUACUCAAGGAGAAAUGAUAGUUUCUAAUCAAUGAUAAUGAGAUCAGGAGGCAAAAUCUCCCUAUAAUGAAUCUAUCAGAGCCGUCAUUGUAAAAUCCAAACGUUUAAUGAAGGGCUAAGUGUAGUGUUGUACAAAAUUAUAGAAAAUAGUAAGAAAGGUAGCAUAACUAACUCCUAUAAUCCUAGUUUAACAUGACACAACCCCCUACAAUAACUACUGUCGCUCCCCAUCUUCAUGGGGGAACGACACAGGACCCUGCGCUGUUCUUUCGUCUGCUCGGCCCUCCCCGGGUUUGCUGCUGGUUCUUCCCGGGUUGGCUACUGUCCCUUCCACCUCCGUGGAAGGGCAGUUCCCCCUGGCCACAUUCCCCACUUCCGCAGGGGAGCGGCACACCGCCGGCCGGCUCUCUCGGGGGCUGCACAGGUGUUCCUCUUAGAUGUUCCCCUUAGAUGUUCCUGGUGCAUGCCGUCUCUCUCCUCCUUUAUAAUCCUCCUCCACCAAUCCUAACUCGGCUGCCCACACGCCGAGUAUGCUGCUCUCCUCCAAUCAGGAGCAAGUCCUACAGUUUAUUGGCUGAACUGGAGGCAGCUGUGUAGAAGCUGUUUUCUUCUCUCCCGGCGCCAUAUUGUGGGAGAGCAGAUACAUAGAAUAAGUCUUAAUUCCAGUAACUCAGUCUAGUCCGAGUUGCUCCCCACAGAUCCCCCUUUCUUUUUAUUUUUUGGCGUUGAUACGCGCCUGUCUUCGGUGCCCCGCGGCACAUACUCUGCUCUGCUUGCUAGAGUUGCCACAGGUUCUUACAAGUCCUAUCAAUCAGGCAAACCGAAUCCGGGUCCUCUCUUCGCCAUGUUGUGAGGAGGUUUUUAGGCGCUGAUGCGUGCCUGUGUUCGGUGACCUGCGGCUCAUACUCUGGUCGAGCCGCCUGCUGGUGCUUACCGCCUUAAUCAGGCAGACCGAAUCCAAGCUCUCUCAUUGCCAUGUUGUGGGGUGACUUAUUGGUGUUGAUUCGUGCCUAUCUUCGGUGACCUGCAGCUCAUACUCUGGUCGAGCUGCCCGCUGGUGCUUA